AGGCUGAGGGCUGGGGGAAGCCCAGAGCUCUAUCCAUUUUCUAUUAAGACUGAGGACAGGUUUAGGGAGGCACAGGUACUCAGGCCCUCUGAAUUAGGGCCCCUUCAGGGCUGUGAGUGUCCCCUUCUGGUGAGAUCCUCAGCUCACUGAGAAAGUGUUGGAGACCCCAAGGAUGGGCAGCUCCUCCCAUCUGCUUCCACACCCGCUGGGCUUCCUUUUCCACCUGCUAGAGCCCUGACCCAAUCCUGGCCAUUCUUCCCACCACUGUCCUUAGGAUAUUGGGUUGAGGGCUUGGGCCAGGCAGAGCUGUGGAGGGCUGGAAGGGGGCACUGUGGGCUGGACCCUGAGGUUCCAAGGUGUAAAGGAGCAUUACAACUUCACACCUACUCAACCCACCUGCAUACAGAGCCCUAAGUCAGACCCAGGCCAUGGGGAGACCCAGUGCAGGUGAAAUGCCUGAUUUGGGGCUCAGUAGGUUGACCAGUCUGCUGACUCUUGGAGCUGAUGGUGGGUUCGCUGCCUUGCACAACUUUAGGCGGCACCAUUUAUACAGAAUGCAACAGGGCUGUAAUUGUGAAACUGGCUCCCCACUCCAUCCACAUUUUCCAGCCUGUAACAGCACAUUCUCCUAUCUGUGUUCUCUCUCUUCCUUCAGGCUCUUGAGCAACAACAAGAUCACUGGGCUCCGGAAUGGAUCCUUCUUGGGACUGUCCCUGCUGGAGAAGUUGGACCUGAGGAGUAACGUCAUCAGUACUGUGCAGCCCGGUGCCUUCCUAGGCCUGGGGGAGCUGAAGCGCUUAGAUCUCUCCAACAACCGGAUUGGCUGUCUCACCUCUGAGACCUUCCAAGGCCUCCCCAGGCUUCUCCGACUAAACAUAUCUGGAAACAUCUUCUCCAGUCUGCAACCUGGGGUCUUUGAUGAGCUGCCAGCCCUUAAGCUUGUGGACUUCGGCACUGAGUUCUUGACUUGUGACUGCCGCCUGCGCUGGCUGCCAUCCUGGGCCCGGAAUCACUCCCUGCAGCUGUCCGAACGCACACUCUGUGCCUACCCCAGUGCCCUGCACGCCCAGGCCCUGGGCAGCCUCCAGGAGGCUCAGCUACGCUGUGAGGGGGCCCUGGAGCUACACACGCACCACCUCAUCCCAUCCCUACGCCAAGUGGUGUUCCAGGGCGACCGCCUGCCCUUCCAGUGCUCUGCCAGUUACCUGGGCAAUGACACCCGCAUACGCUGGUACCACAACCGGGCCCCCGUGGAGGGCGAUGAGCAGGCCGGCAUCCUCCUGGCUGAGAGCCUCAUUCACGACUGCACCUUCAUCACCAGUGAGCUGACCCUGUCUCACAUCGGUGUGGGGGCCUCAGGCGAAUGGGAGUGCUCCGUGUCCACGGUCCAGGGCAACACCAGCAAGAAGGUGGAGAUUGUGGUGCUGGAGACCUCUGCCUCCUACUGCCCAGCUGAGCGUGUCGCCAACAACCGAGGGGACUUCAGGUGGCCUCGAACUCUGGCUGGCAUCACAGCCUACCAAUCCUGCCUGCAGUAUCCCUUCACCUCGGUGCCCCUGAGUGGGGGUGCCCCUGGCACCCGGGCCUCCCGCCGGUGUGACCGAGCUGGCCGCUGGGAGCCAGGGGACUACUCUCACUGUCUGUACACCAACGACAUUACCCGGGUGCUCUACACAUUCGUGCUGAUGCCCAUCAACGCCUCCAACGCACUGACCCUGGCCCACCAGCUGCGAGUGUACACGGCUGAGGCUGCCAGCUUCUCGGACAUGAUGGAUGUAGUUUAUGUGGCUCAGAUGAUCCAGAAAUUUUUGGGUUAUGUCGACCAGAUCAAAGAGCUGGUGGAAGUGAUGGUGGACAUGGCCAGCAACCUGAUGCUGGUAGAUGAGCACUUGCUGUGGCUGGCCCAGCGGGAGGACAAGGCCUGCAGCGGCAUCGUGGGUGCCCUAGAGCGCAUUGGGGGGGCUGCCUUGAGCCCCCAUGCCCAGCACAUCUCCGUGAACUCGAGGAAUGUGGCACUGGAGGCCUACCUCAUCAAGCCGCACAGCUAUGUGGGCCUGACCUGCACAGCCUUCCAAAGGAGGGAGGCAGGUGGGCCCGGCACCCGGCCCACAGGCCUUGGCCAGAACCCCUCUCCCGAGCUGGAGCCCCUGGCGGAUCAGCAGCUCCGCUUCCGCUGUACCACCGGGAGGCCCAACAUUUCUCUGUCAUCUUUCCACAUCAAGAACAGCGUGGCCCUGGCCUCUAUCCAGCUGCCGCCCAGUCUGUUCUCGUCCCUUCCGGCUGCCCUGGCACCCCCAGUGCCCCCAGACUGCACCCUGCAACUGCUCGUCUUCCGAAAUGGCCGCCUCUUCCGCAGCCAUGGAAACACCUCCCGCCCUGGAGCUGUGGGACCUGGCAAGAGGCGUGGUGUGGCCACACCGGUCAUCUUUGCAGGAACAAGUGGCUGUGGUGUGGGAAACCUGACAGAACCAGUGGCCAUUUCCCUGAGGCACUGGGCUGAGGGGGCCGAACCUGUGGCAGCUUGGUGGAACCAGGAGGGCCCCGGCGGGGCUGGGGGCUGGAGCUCCGAAGGCUGCCAGCUCCGAACCAGCCAGCCCAACGUCAGCUCCCUGCACUGCCAGCACCUGGGCAAUGUGGCCGUGCUCAUGGAGCUGAGUGCCUUUCCCAGGGAGGUGGGGGGAUCGGGAGCAGGGCUGCAUCCGGUCGUGUACCCCUGCACAGCCCUGCUGCUGCUCUGCCUCUUCUCCACCAUCAUCACCUACAUUCUCAACCACAGCUCCAUCCAUGUGUCCCGGAAGGGCUGGCAUAUGCUGCUGAACCUGUGCUUCCACAUGGCCAUGACCUCCGCCGUCUUUGCAGGAGGCAUCACACUCACCAACUACCAGAUGGUCUGCCAGGCGGUGGGCAUCACUCUGCACUACUCUUCACUGUCCACACUGCUCUGGAUGGGUGUGAAGGCCCGCGUCCUCCACAAGGAGCUCACCUGGAGGGCGCCCCCUCCACAGGAAGGGGACUCUGCCCCACCUGCUCCCCGUCCCAUGCUCCGGUUCUAUUUGAUCGCUGGAGGGAUCCCACUCAUUAUCUGUGGCAUCACAGCUGCUGUCAACAUCCACAACUACCGGGACCACAGCCCCUACUGCUGGCUGGUGUGGCGUCCAAGCCUAGGAGCCUUCUACAUCCCGGUGGCUUUGAUUCUGCUGAUCACCUGGAUCUAUUUCCUGUGUGCAGGGCUCCGUUUGAGGGGUCCUUUGGCACAGAGCUCAAAGGGGGUUACGAGCAGGGUCUCCCUGGACCAAGGGGAGGAGCUAAGGGGUUCCACCAGGCUCAGGAGCAGCGGCCUCCUCCUGAGUGACUCAGGUUCCCUUCUGGCCACUGGGAGCACUGGGGUGGUGACACCUGGACCCCCAGAGGAUGGCGAUGGCUUCUAUUCUCCGGGAGUCCAGCUGGGGGCACUAGUGACCACACAUUUCCUGUACCUGGCCAUGUGGGCCUGUGGGGCUCUGGCAGUGUCCCAGCACUGGCUGCCCCGGGUGGUGUGCAGCUGUCUGUACGGAGUGGCAGCCUCAGCCCUGGGCCUCUUCGUCUUCACCCACCACUGUGCCAGGCGCAGAGACGUUAGGGCCUCCUGGCGCGCCUGCUGCCCCCCUGCAUCGGCCUCGCGUGCCUCACCCCAAGCCGUGCCUGCAGCUCCAGAAGAUGGUUCCCCAGUGUUCGGAGAGGGUCCCCCUUCCCUUAAGUCAUCCCCAAGUGGCAGCAGCGGCCACGUGCCGCCCCCGGGCCCCUGCAAGCUCACAAACCUGCAGCUGGCCCAGAGUCAGGUGUGCGAGGCGGGGGUGGCGGCCCGUGGGGACGGGGAGCCAGAGCCCGCGGGCUCCCGGGGGAGCCUCGCCCCCCGCCACCCCAACAACCUGCCCCACGGGCGCCGAGUGCACAAGAGUCGGGCCAAGGGGCACCGCUCGGGGGAGGCGGGCAACAAGAACCGGCUCAAGGCCGGCCGGCCGGGCCAGCGCCGCAGCGCCAGCCGCGACAACCUCAGGGGCGCGCUGGAGAAGGAGAGCAAGCGCCGCUCGUACCCGCUCAACACGGCCAGUCUGAACGGCGCCCCCAAGGGCGGCAAGUACGACGACAUCACCAUGGCCGGCGCCGAGGCGCCCGGCGGCGGCUGCAUGAAGACCGGCCUCUGGAAGAGCGAGACCACCGUCUAGGGUGGGGCGGGUGACACUCUAGGACAGGCAGGCUGCCCACACGGGCUUGUCACCUGGCUUCUGGGGGUGCCCUCAAAGAUGGCUAUCGGUACAUCAACAAGUCUGAGGUGGGACUGCUGAGGGCUGCACCUGGGCUCCCCAGCUUCAGUUCUGGAGGCUGGGGAAAAGCACAGGCAGAGAGGCCUGCCACUAAGAGGGCCAUCCCUCCGGGGUAGCGUCAGGCAAUCCCAGAGCCACAGGCAGGAUACAUUUUCUGUCCCAGCCCAAGCUAGUUUUGGCAAUUUGCAGUGCCGUUCAGGGUAGAGGGUAAGUCCUGUCAGUCUGUGGAUUGAUGAAUAGUGGAAGGGCACAGCAAGCCCAGGCGGGGUCCUCCUAAGGUGCCCCCUGGCAUCUUGCCACCCUGCCUCACUGGUGCUCAUCAGCCCUAUCAGGAAAACACAAAUGGGAGCUUGAGAACAAUGUUCUCUCACUGCCCUUCUCUGAAGUCAGCCAUCUGUGCCUAGAUUCUAGGGCAUCUCCCCCACCCAGUUUUUGGCUAAUUGGGGAGCCAGACUAGCAGAUGAGCCAGGUAACCAGGACCAAUUGGAGGUGACAAGGUGCUGCUUUCCAGAUUAACUAUGCAUGAGGUGAAGGUGGGGCAGUGUGAAAGUCAGCAUGGGAGAUCAAGUAGGGGGACAGGUGCAUAAUUAGGGAGCAACACCAUUCCCACAUGAGUGCUACCCACGUCAUUCAGCAGGGCUCCAGGGUGGCACUUGAAGACAAAGUUGACUCUGCCUGGGGAUAAUUUGAGGGAAGUAGAGACUAGUGCUUAGAUUUGGGGCUGAAGUUAGUCAUGCCUUAAACCUAGUCCUACAAACAAUGCCCUGAAGAGGGGUUCCACCACAGGACUGCAGGUGGUGUUGGAGAAGCACUUACUGUUCAAUUACAAGACCCAUGUCCCCAGUCUCAGCCUCCCAACACCAAGGGACUAAGGAGUACUUCCCUGCCUCCAAGAGGCCACGUGGAGGAACCUUUUCAAUCAUUUAAUCUCUAGCUCCCUAUCAGGGAGAAACCUCCAAAACAUCAAACUAGCUUCCUGCCGUACAGAAGCCCAGGCCAAAUCCUUCCAGGAGGUGGGCAGGGUCCCUACAGCUCCCCCAGGGCCUGCACCUCCACUUUUAAACACCAGCACUUCUAUUUUUCCCCAACCUAAAAAGCAACCACCAGCCUUUCACUACAGGACCCAGUGAAAGUGGAAGGAACCUGGGGCCUUGUGAACAGCAUCAUGAAAACAAGGCCUGGCCCAGGCCCCCUCCCAGUCUCCACGUCACCCCAGCCUGAUCACCAGUGACAGAAGACAUAGGGGAGGAAAGGAAACCCACACACCUUGGGAUGGAUCCUGUUAUUUAUGCUUGCUGCACAGACAAUAUUAGGAAAAAAAGCUUUGUAUUAUUCCUCCACAUAUGCUGGCUGCUGUUUACAUACCCUGCCAAUGCCUUAGCACUGGAGAGCUUUUUGCAAUACGCUGGGGAAAGGGGAGGGAAGGGAUAAAAAGUGCCAAAGAAAACAUGUUUUUAAAAGCUCGGGUUUUAUACAAUAGAAUGUUUUCUAGCAGAUGCCUGUUGUUUUAAUAUAUUAAAAUUUUGUAAAGCCCUUUGAACUAUA